AUGAAGUUUUUACAAUUACUGUAUACCAGUGCUGCUCUUUGGGGCGGCAUUAACGCUAUGAUUCCUUCCCCAGAAAUGCUUCCCAGCAAACCAGACCUUGAUGGAUUCAAAUCUUUUAAGCCUGCUCUUACAAUCGAAAAACCAGUUAAACCAAGUAUUGUCCAAGCAAGAUUAAAAAAUGGAGAUAACAUUUUAGGCUACGAAAAAAGAGGUGUUGAAUCAUACAGAGGUAUUCCUUUUGUUGAGCCACCUGUGGGUGACAUGAGAUUUAAACAUUCUGUGCCUUUCAAGGGAAGUUUGGAUGGAUUUGAAGCUUUUGACUUUGGCCCUGCUUGCUAUUCCAUUAACCCUUACAAAUCAUUUGAUUAUCUUGCAAAAGCUGUUCCUUUGGUUAGUUGGAAAACUCCUUCUCUUCUUGAUGCCAUCAAAAUUGCAGAUCAAGCCGAAGAUUGCUUGACAAUCAAUGUUUACAGACCUGCCGGUAUCCCCAAGCAUGUGAAACUUCCCGUCAUGGUUUGGACUUAUGGUGGUGCUUUCCAAAUUGGUUCCAGUAAUCUUUACCCAGGAGAUAAGUUUAUUAGAGACUCGGUAACACUUGGUGAACCCGUUGUGUUUGUCACUUUCAACUAUCGUCUUGGUCCUUGGGGAUUCCUUGGUGGUGAGGCUAUUGGUGCAGAAAAUUCUACUAAUCCUGCAAUUUACGAUAUUAUCAAUGCUUUUAACUGGGUCAAGGAAAAUAUUGGCAGAUUUAAUGGUGACAAAAACAGAAUUACUGCUUUUGGUGAAAGUAGUGGUGCCAUGCUUCUGUCUCAUAUUAUGACUAGUACUGCUUUUAAUGAAGAAGACCCACUUUUCCAUGCUGCCAUUUUGCAAAGUGGUGGUAUUCUUCCCUUAAGUGAUGCCAUUACCUCCAACAGUUCCAAUGACUUAUUUUUGACUUUUUCUGAAGCUGCAGGCUGUGGUGGUUUGAGUGACCAAACCGAGGCCCUUUCCUGCUUGAGAACCAAGGAUGAAAAGGUUCUUUACCAGGCCCAAACUUAUGAUCAAAACCUUUUAAAUUUCUUUGACUUGCCAACCACAUUUACUGUUUGGGGCCCUAAACCUGAUGGAAUUCUCUGGGAAGGCAACUCUUUUAAAAAUGUAAGACGUGAUGGCCUUCCCAACAUUCCAAUAAUUACAGGUAAUCAAGAGGAUGAAGGCACUUUAAUUUCCCUAUUCUUUUUGACUUUUAAUUCCACUGCCACUGAUGAAAAGCUCCUCCGCAUCUUUCCUAAUGGUGGUGAACGUUUAAAUAAUUUUUUGAAAAUGUACCCUGAUAUUCCUUCUGAAGGUGCUCCCUUUAGAACUGGAGAUGCAAAUGAGCUUUGGCCCAAUUUUAAGCGUCUUUCUGCAUUACUUACUGAUAUUAUCUUUACAAUUCCUCGCCGUGUUAUGCUCAGGUAUAGUGAGAAGAACCGAUCAGCACCAACCUACACUUUUUGGGCUGACAACCUUCACAAUGUUCUUCCUUACUUGGGUACCACCCAUGCAUCCUGUCUCAUUCCUCAAUUCUACUUGGACAAUACUUUCCCUUCAAGAGCUUACCGUGACUAUUUUAUUUCUUUUGCCAAUCAUUACAAUCCUAAUACCAACAAUGGUGGCCUUCCCUACUGGCCCAAGUACACUAACGAAAAUCUCGAGAUGCUUCAUAUUAUGGCUGACAGUGGCAGCACUAGAAAAGAUGAUUUCCGCAGAGACAGAACCGAUUAUGCAUUGGGGGAUUUGUCUAUUUUGUACAGUUAUUAA